UAAAGGGGAAGAUUUCCUUGUUCCAUCAUAUACAACGAAAGACUCUUCAGUGUUCAAGAUUGAAAAGCGUUCGGAUGCAUAUUGCACGUGUUACGCGAUCAUAGAGACUGAAUAGAAGAGAUUCUAGUUGUUACGAGAAUAUCUAGUAUACAAAGGUAGAUACACAAUACAUGUUAUUCAAUAAAUUCUUCGAACAUUCAUUUUUCUAAUUUGUAAUAAAAUUUGUUAAUACAAGAUUUAUACACAAUAUAAAUAUAGAGCCCGAUUGUAUCAAGUAUAUUAUUUAAAAAAAAAUAUAUAUAUAUAUAUAUUUUAUCAUGAAUAAGAACCAAGAAGAUUCAUAAAACUCUCACGGAGGAGACUACAUCAUCGAGCAAACACAUAUAAGACGUAUACAAGUCAGAAACGUAUACUUCGGAGAUGGCUAGAAUAGAUAACGCAUCAGUGAAAGUAAAAUUACGAAGGAUCUAUGGAAAUUUUGGUGUGUAUCUUUGAUAACUACAAUCUCUGAAUAUCAACCCGAAAAUGAAAAAGGAAACGUUUAUUAACGUUGACGAUGAUUCGGCUAAUGAAGAAUGAAAGUAUAAGUUAAAAAGUGAAAUGUGUUCACGCGUGACGCAACACCUGGGGAAACAAGUCGUGGGAGCAAUUAAAAUAAUAAUACGUGGCUUGUAAGGUAGACAUUAAACAAAUCGCGUGAAUCCACAGGGACCCCCUUUUUUUUUUGCGUUCCUCUCUUGUAAUCAUUCUGUAAAUAAAUGAAGAAAAAAAUUGAUACAAGUGACGAUAUAUAAAGAAGAAAGAAGAAAAAGAAGAAAAAAAAAAGGAUAAAUUAUAAUUUCUAAGAAGUCUCUCUUUAAUAAGAUCUUUACAUUAUAACUUAUAAAAUCUUACACGUAGAUCCAGUCUUACGUAUAGAAACGAGAGGGAUUCGCUUCACUGACUGGUACAUCCUUGUGCCAGAUUCUAAGGAUUCCACGCACGAUGAAUGAUAUAGUAUCGUAAUGACUGGCAAAAUCUGCACAAAUUACACUGGCUUUCGUUUGUCCUGACAUAUUUUUCUUGCUACCGACGUAUCGAAUUGUUCUAUCCUGUGAGAAAAUCGACCGAACAAUUUAAGCAACUCGCGCACCAAUUCCCACGUCUAGAAAAGGAACUUAAUUCAAUAUAUUUGAUAUGAUCGAAAGACAAAUGGAACACCCUAUAUACAUGGACCUAUUCAGGAUGCUGAUCUUUAGACGAAUGGUGAUUUCUAAUCUCUUGAUUGCCCAAGAAAUUCCUUAUUUUAUGGAAAAUACAAUGAACAAGCACGUAAUCCGUUCAUGGCAUUGUUAUCUUGAAGGCACACGGCUAAUUAAACACGCACGUCCCUCUUCUUGACCCCACCUCUGAAGACUCACCUAUACGUCCGGUCCUUCGGUAACAAAAACAAAAAAAAAGAACUCUCACGAGAAUUGCAGGUCGUAACCCUUUCAACUUUUCUCCUUGAAAGAAUAGCAUCGAAGAUGAAAUUUCAAAACAUGUAUACUGUUUUCGAGAAAAUUCAUCGAAUCAUGCUGAUGACAGAUUCGUUAUAUUACAUAAUUUAAUGCAAAAAACUCACAAAGAUAAAUUCACUGUACAUCGAGGAAUUUUAUGUUUUAUCUAAAGCUUCAAGAAGGAGAUAGAGAAAGUUAAAGAUGGAUCUAGUAUAAGAUGAUCGAUGAUGAUGGCGAUGAGGAAUAGAUCUUUAUUUGUACGUUGUUCUAAUAAUUACAAGGGAUCAAGGAUUAUAGUCAGAUAUAUACAUAUAUAUAUAUAUAUAUAUAUAUAUAUAUAUAUAUAUGUAUAUAUCUCUUUAUGGCCUUUAAUUCUUUUUAGAAGGUAUUGGAGCUUCGAGAUGAAAUCAAAAUUGAAGAAAAACGAUAAUAUGAUAAGUACAAGAGAAAAAGAUGGAAGUAAAAAAUAAUGAAGUACAAGUAACGAAUGUCACGAACAAAGGAAAAAAAAAAGGUCGAACGAUCUCUGAUUAUAUUCUGAUUCAGGACGAACGAGACUCACGUUGGAUCGUGCUCCUACUCGAAGACGGCACGGUGUAUCUCGUCUCGUCUUUGCUGUACGCUCGCCUUUUGCUUUCACUUUCUCACAUGGUGGAAACGAGAAGAAACCCUCUUCAUCCGCUCCCCCACCUCUUCCUCCUCCAUCACCACCACCAUGUAACAACGAUCUCCUUUUAGAAUCACUCUUCUCUCUUUCAUGAAUUUAUCGGUUCGUUUUGCCAACAGCACUUCUUCAGCUAGCUGGUACAGACUUGUGAACAUUCUUUAAUUUAAAUAACAUAUAUUAUUUGAAAGAAAAUGUUUAUAUUCAUCGUCAAAUUUAUUGAAUAAUGUAUUAUUCAAUCUCAUUAGAGUUUGAUUCUAUAUAAGUAAAAUAAUGUAAAACAUAUGACAGAGUUAAAAUUUAUGGGCCGAUUAAAGAAAAACCGAAAAUGACAUAAAUCGUCUGAUCGAGGAUAUAUAUAUAUAUAUAUAUAAUAAAAAGAUUUAAAGAAUUUCUUCAUGCUUUCUCCAGCAACGUGACUGUAACGACAAAGAUCAUUAAAGUGCCAUAUAUGUGAUGUACCAGUCACGUAGGUCAGGAUCUGUAAGAAUGCAAAUUUAUUGUUCUUGUGUAAAAGAUUUCUUUAGUUUUAUACACUCGAAUACAUUAUGCAAAGUAUAUACGUUGAACCACGCCUUUGUAUUUAUCUCCGUAAAAUUGUCCUUUUCUCCUCAAGAAAAGAAAUCUUAUUGCAGUAGUACGCAUGGCACAGAGAAGGCCAAGAAAAAUCUUGCACUUUCACCGUAUCAAUGGAUGAUGCGUCAAAGGAAUAAACAGAGAAAGAUAUAGGAAAUGCGAAUGAUCACAUAUGACUCGUAUAUUAAACGAUGGUCCAACACCGAGAAAUAUGUACAGAUAUAUCUGAAAUCGAAAUUAAUUGUCGGAAGUACGAUGUAUUUCGCAUACGUUUAGCACCUUUUUAACAUCCGCUUGAGUAAGAAACUUUGUUGGGGACACUAGAGCCAAGCAAGCAUCCGUUCGUCGAUGCUGAAAGAAAAAAAAAAAGAAAUAGAAAAAGAAAAAGAAAAAGAAAAAAGAAAGAAAUAAUAGCCAAUUUCUCUCUCUCUCGUUCUCUCUCGUUCUCUCUCAAUCAAUAUUUUAUUGAUGAAUAGAACAAUAUCUUGGGACAAGAACAAGAACGUGGGUUUCAAAGAGAGACAAGAAGGUCGACGUUGAUUUUAUACUUGACUAUCCCUAUUGGUAAAGAUUUCAUCGCGGAAAGACACUUUGAAAACCUUUAACCUUACUAGCUUUCUCCAAAGUAUUCGAUUAGUGUUUCUUUGAAUGAAACAUUCUCAGUGGAAGGAAAUCACGAAAAAUACUAGUCUGACGACUAACAACUUCUAUUCGUGAACAUCGAAAAGACCUUCCUUUCUCCAUAAAGGCGAUUCUAGUUUGUAAAUACCGCGACACGAAGGCCUGGAGGAAUCUUCAUCGAAGUCCUUACACCUACACAUUUCUUCUAUGUUGCCUAUACCCGUGUACAUGUAAGUCAGAAGGCCUGUGGAUGCCUGUAAAUAGACGUACACGCCUGUAAGUGCAAAUAUCGUGCCAUCUACGAUAGGGGACCCGCUUCAGAGACAACUUUCGCCCUCCAAGGCUGAGAAGAUUCCUCGAGUUGAACUCAUCCCAAGCAUAAUGGAUGUCUCGCGUGCGACGGUCAUUGAAAAAUAUAAUACUCUUACUCGUUAAUUAACCGUUAUGAGUAGCGUGUAACUAUGAUGCAAUAUCUCCCUAAUGGUUAAUGGAUAAGGGAAUGACAAAUAAAAAUAGAUUGAAUAAGUGACAAAUGUAUCAUUGAGUUUUAGUAAAUUGAAGAAGAGAAGGCAUGUCGAGCAAGAUUUCACAAAUACCAAAGUAUCUAUUUCUUCUUUCUUUAAAUGCUUUACGUUGAGAUUAACGGUGGUAUGUUAGGAGGAUGCGUAGAAGAUCGGAUUGCAAAAUUUCAAUUCUCAUGAGACGACCUCGAUCUUCGCAAGACACUGAACGUAACCACAAAUCAAAGUACAUGAAUCUUUUUCCCCGAGGUCUUUCAGUUUUCGAGGCCUAAUACGAUGUUAAUUGCCAAGGACAUGUCUCUAUUACGAUGAGUAAUAGACUUCUGAAUUACUAUGUAUCCGUAUCUCGUAUUCAAUGAGUCCAAGUGUUCAUUUUCCAAGUUAUGUAUUUCAAUUAUAAUUGUACUGUAGCAUUUUCAUUAAGGAGCUAAAAAAAUUUAAUCGUACUCAUUUGCAUCUCUUGGUUCAGACGGUAUCUGAUGAAAGCCUCGAUUUAUUCUUCGAUGAAAUCGAUAACAUCCGUUUAAGGCAACUGAUAGAAAGAAAGAGAAAAAGAGAGAAAAAAUUUAUUUUGCUAUAGGGAAUGCCAAUGCGCAUCUAAAAUAAGCUUGUUGAUGGUGCAGAUGAGCUCCCUGCUCUUACUAUUCCUAGUGGACGAGCUUCGUGGUGUGACGUAACGCUAUGUUACGUCUUCUUCUUCUUCUUCUUCUCCCCUAUAUACGUACAUACGCGUACAUUCUCUCUUAGACCUGAGGCGGCCCCCUACUACCAUCCUCGGGCCCUGAUAUCCCAUCCUCUCAGAAAGUUGCGCACAUCUCCGUCACAGAACUCCCUUGGCAAGACCUCAGUCGUCUUUAAGAGUUCGUUCACGAAGGUGAUCAUCGACUGCAAAAAUCUUCACUUUAUACGAAUUCAACGAAGACGAUCAUGAAGUCUUUAGGACCAUGCCUUCUUAUUCUUCCGGUGGUUAUAUUAUGGGGUACAACAUUGGCUCUUCAACGACCUCCACCGAGAUAUUCUCAGCAAUACAUGCCGGAAACUGCGUUUACAUGUCGUAACAAAAUAGUUGGUAGCUAUUAUGCUGAUCCAGAAACAGAUUGUCAAGUUUUUCACGUUUGCGUUUCUGUAUCUGGCAGUAUCCAAGAUUAUAAGUUUUUAUGUCCAAAUGAUACUGCUUUCGAUCAAGAGAGUCAAACGUGUGCAGAUUGGUAUGACGUAGAUUGCGAAGCUGCGACUCUUUAUUACGCCAGCGAUAAUUUUGAUUUGUACAGACUUGGUUCAGGAUUAGAAUCUCCGCAUUACGAUACAAUACGUAGCGAUGAUGAACCUCAAGAUAAUCUUCAACGAAGUGAAAGCAAUGAUCCAGUGCGAUCAUCAGCAAAUGCACUCAAUAGAGUUUCUUCUGCUAAUUAUAACAACAACAAUAAUCGAGAAGUUCUACAUAGUAAUAGCAAAGUUGGUUUUUAUAACCAUAGGACAAAUAAAGAGGAUAAUUAUGAUAACGAAAGAUCUUACAAAGAUGAAACAGUGACUACAGAGAAAAAGAAGACGGGUAUCAGAAAGGUGAGUAGGAAACAACCCUACAACGGAAACACCAACGAUUAUCCUGUAUCAAGCACGGCAAUAUCAUCGACUUAUAAUAGUCAGAAUAAUUAUAAUGGAAAUUUUUUCAAUAACAAUAACAACAACAACAACAACAACAACAACAACAACAACAACAAUAACAAUUACAAUCAACGAUCGACUACCUCCGGUUCAUCUUCCACAAUUCGACCUCAAGAGAGCUACAACAGAAAUCAGAAUAUUCAAAAAUAUACCGUGACUGCGUCCUCGACUUAUCGACCUAACACGAAUUAUCAAGAUUCUUACAGCAGUUACCAACCAUCAAGUUCUACCGCCAAGGCAACGGUUUACAAUACUUACAACACGAACAACAAUUACAAUCAGGAUAAUUCAGGAUCUUAUACACCUAGCACUACAUUAAGGACAACGAAUUACAAUGGUAAUGGCAACAGAAACGGAUAUCAACCUUACAAUGGUGGACAGUUCACACAGUCCAGUACUGCAUUACCUAGCACGAAUUAUCAAGCGAGUGAUUAUACAAAUUAUCAGAAAAAUUAUAACGUCCAACGUGCUAACGGUAAUAAUGGAGGAUACCGUCAAUCAACAACUAUUGCUGCUACAGUCUAUGACAAUAAUUAUGGCAGUGCCAGCGAACAGUAUAGAAAUGGGCAUAGUUCCACUACAUCAGAAACAAGUCAGACCACCUCGAAAUAUUUCACAAAUUAUGCAGGAAGCAGUUACGCUCCAACUACCUAUAGUCCACCAACGAAAAAGUAUGUUCACACGGACAACAGUCCGGCACAAUCGGUUUCUCGAAGCAACGAUCGCUAUAACAGUCAACAAUCAUCGGAUAACAAUCAGUAUUACGAAAAGAACGAGCAGUCGAUCAAAUCUUCUACCCAAUAUUACGACAGUACAAAAACGUCAAAAAAGGGAACGCAGUACACCAAUUAUGAGAGCUCGAACAGUGGCAAAUAUUAUAUUGAGACUAGUACAGAUAAUUACGAUUUUGGAAGAGCUUCAGUAGGUAUAGGUUUCAGUCCUGCGAGUAUAAAUCAUUUGGCUGAGACACCCAGAUCUACGACACCUGUUCCUAGGAGACAAGCUAGUGCAACCACGUAUAAUCCAAACAGCUUCAGCAGUAACGCUCAAAAGUCAUCGUCAAUAAAUACAACUCCUCGAAGUAGCACGUACGUCAGUGGAUCGGCUAGACCUUUCACAUCCACUACCAGAUUCGUUAGCAGUUCAACUGCUCGAUCAAAAUCAGGGAAAAAAAAUGAUUAUGAUUACGCAUACUAUGAUAAUGCUGGAGCUCCUGAAUAUGAUGGUAUUGAACUUGAACAAGUCACUGGGAAUAAGGAAUCAUCGAAAUUAUCGAGAAAUUAAUCAAAUUUUCUCGUAAUAGUCUACUUCGAAAGUCUUCGAAAGUCUUUCGAAGUUGGUCGUUAGGGAGCGUUUUUAAUUGAAGGAUUUAAAUAAUCAGUUUUUGAUGUGGCUUCCUUAUUAAAAAAGAGAUAAUUGAAAAGAAGGCAAUAUCAAAAACUGAUUGGAAAUCGUAAUCCAUAUUUAACAGUUUCGAUUCGAUAAUAUGAAUCUCUUAUUUACUAUUAUUAAUUAAUUAUUAUUGCUGAUAUUCGCAUACUAUUGUUUAUUAUCUUUGUCAGUAUUAUGAAAUAUUAGUAAGCAGGCGACAGUAUUUAAAAGUUGUUUUUAAUUAAAAAAAAAAAGUUACAUAAAUUUUUCACUAUUAUUGCACUCGGAUAUUUGCAUGAUAGUAAACGUUUUUGUAUUUGUUUUGAAAUGUUUUAGGGAUUAAUAUAUUUUAUAUAUUUUUGUAAAUAUAUGAAUGUUUAUUCAAAGAAAUACGCAUAAAAUACUUUGAAUUCAUAGAAAAAAUGAGUUCAUUCAUAACAGCCGAAGUAUACGUAUAAAUCUUGUAUACUAAAAAUGCUUGUGUAAUAAGUUUUUGAUUAAAAAAUAUAUUAUUAAUCUUUUUUUAUUAUAAAAUUUGCCUAGCACGGGUUGACCAUAUCACAUCCUUCUUCUAUCAUCUGUUCGAAUUGUUAAUUAUUUGUUAUUUUAUAAAAAAAAAAAUUAUACAUAUAACACAUGCGUAUAACGCCAUUUGCUUCAAACAAAUUUCAAAUUUUCGCGCGCUACAAAAACAUUUAUUUGAGCGCGCAAUUGAAACGUGACAUUUUCGAUGUGAACGAAACAAAGCAACAUUAUUUAU